CCCCGCCGCCGCCACCCCCGCCCCCAGCCCCUGCGGAUGUGGCGGAGCGGCCCGGCCGCCCCGCACCGGCCCCGGCACCGGCCCCGGGGGGCCCCGCUCCGCCGAGCCCCGCACCCCGCCCCGCUUCCCGCCCGGCGCUGAGCCCCCGCCGCAGAGCCCAUCCCGGCACCAUGCAUUCCCUGGAGGAGCCCCUGGACCUCAAGCUGAGCAUCUCCAAGCUGCGAGCUGCCCGUGAGAAGCGGGGCCCCUCCGGCCCCCGGCCCCGCGCUCCCCAGCGCCCGGACACCCCGCCGGCCGGGGAUGGCCGAGGGGGCAGCCGGGGGGGUCGCCGGGCCGUGCCGGCCUCGCCGUCCCCCGGGCUCCUGGGACACUCCAGGCUGGUGGAGCCGCGGGAUGGGCGCUUCCCGGCCGCCGUGCCCGUGGUGGACCUCAGCCUCUCGCCCCGCUCCGGGGGGGAGUCUCCGGCUGGCAGUGCCUCUCUGUCCCCUGAGCGCCAGGGCAGCGGGGACCUGCCCGGCCCCCUCACCCCACACGAUUUCCAGUCCCUGCGCUACAUCGAUGGCCUCCCCAGCUCCUUCCAGUUCUUCCUGCCGCUGGGGGCUGGGGGGGCCCUGCACCUGCCCCCCGCCGCCUUCCUGCCCCCCAGCAAGGAGAAACGGCUCCCCCCCGAGCUGCCCCUGCCCAAGCAGCUCGUCUGCCGCUGGUCCAAGUGCAACCAGUUCUUCGACCUCCUGCAAGACCUGGUGGACCACGUCAACGAUUUCCACGUCAAACCCGAGAAGGACGCGGGGUACUGCUGCCACUGGGAGGGCUGUGCCCGCCAUGGCAGGGGCUUCAAUGCCAGGUACAAGAUGCUGAUCCACAUCCGGACGCACACCAACGAGAAGCCGCAUCGCUGCCCCACCUGCAACAAGAGCUUCUCCCGCCUGGAGAACCUGAAAAUCCACAACCGCUCACACACAGGUGAGAAGCCCUACAUCUGCCCCUAUGAAGGCUGCAACAAGCGAUACUCCAACUCCAGCGACCGCUUCAAGCACACCCGCACCCACUACGUGGAGAAGCCCUAUUCCUGCAAGAUGCCGGGCUGCCACAAGCGCUACACCGACCCCAGCUCCCUCCGCAAGCACAUCAAAGCCCACGGGCAUUUUGUGUCCCCCGAGCACCCGGAGAUGCUCAAGGUCCACCCGCCUCCCAAAACGCCCCUGGGCUCGGCGGAGGUGCCCUACGUUAACGGGGCGCAGCUCGUCAUCCCCAACCCCGCCGCCCUCUUCGCUCCGCCGGGGCUGCCGGCGCUGCCCAUCCCUUUGGCACCGGCACCGCUCGACCUCAGCGCCCUGGGCUGCGGGGCUGCGGGCGCCCUGCCCGCCCUGCCCGGCCCCGUCCUGCCCCUCAACGGCGGCCCCUUGAACUUGGCCAAGAGCCCGCUGCUGCCCUCGCCCUUCGCGGCGGGGCUGGGGCUGCCCGUCAUGUCGCUGCUGGCCGGCGGGGCCAAGGCCGAGGGGAGAAGGGCAGCGGGGCCGAGGGGCGGCCGCCCAAGGCGGGAGGGGCUGGAGAGCCGGAAGGAGAGGGGAGAACGGACGGAGCCGGGGCGGCCGCGGGUGCCCCCCGAGAGCCUGGCACUGCUGCCGGGGGCCGUGCUCGACCUCUCGGCCGGUGUCAGCUCGGGGGGCAGCCCCGAGGCGCUGCCGCCCGGCUGGGUGCUCAUCCCCCCCGGCUCCCUGCUGCUCAAACCCGCCGCUGUCAACUGAGGGGCCCGACGAUGCCCGGGGUCAGCCGCCGGCCCCGUGGGCAGAUCCCGCUCUCUGGGGCCGGGGGGAUGGGGCAUGGCCCCCUCCUCCCCCCGCAGCCCCGGCGGGGCCUCGCUCGUGCUUUUACCCGUCACGAAAGAAGAACGG